GACUGGUUGGCGAAGGACGCCACGGGGAUAGAUGUCCCUCUCAUCCGGUCGGGUUUCUCAGACUCCACGGAGAAACUGCUGCUUGGCUGGGCACCGGGAGCCAGCUCCCUGCCCAGCACCCUACAACGGCCCCGCUUGCUCCCCAUUCCUUUGGCGAGGUGCUGCUCUCGGGACGGCGCCGGAGCCGCCCCUCCUUCUCCCGGGGUUGCCGACCUGCCCCGGCCGCGAGGUGGCCGCCCGCCUUCUGCGCGCGCAGUUCCCCCGGCGCCUGCUAGCCCGCUCUGAGAGCAGCCGAGGCCUGGCCUCCCGGGACGGCCCUCCAGGGGGCGGGCGCGCGCCCCGCAGCCGCCGCAGCGGCAGCCACGUCAGCGCGGCGUCUGUCCGGGGCCGAGCGCAGGAUGGAGAAGGCGGUGGCGGCGGCGGCGGCCCUCGGGGCCGAGUUGGGCGUGCGGAUCGCCCUGUUCGCGGCCUUCCUGGUAACAGAGCUUCUCCCUCCCUUCCAGCGGCUGAUCCAACCAGAGGAGAUGUGGCUUUACCGGAAUCCGUCAUUGCAUUUCUCUCCCCACUGUCUCUGAUCCUCCUGGCCAGAUGUCUCAAGAAGGCAGGCGGGACAGACAGCAGACAGGCCUGCCUGGCUGCCAGCCUUGCCCUGGCUCUGAACGGUGUCUUUACCAACACAAUAAAACUGAUAGUGGGCAGGCCACGCCCAGACUUCUUCUACCGCUGCUUCCCGGAUGGGCAAGCCCAUUCUGACUUGAAGUGCACAGGAGACAAGGACGUGGUGAAUGAGGGCCGGAAGAGCUUCCCCAGUGGACAUUCUUCCUUUGCAUUUGCUGGUCUGGCCUUUGCUUCCUUCUACCUGGCGGGGAAGUUACAUUGCUUCGCGCCACAAGGCCGUGGGAAGUCUUGGAGGUUCUGUGCCUUUCUGUCGCCUCUCCUCCUCGCAGCUGUGAUUGCACUUUCCCGCACCUGUGACUAUAAGCAUCACUGGCAAGACGUACUAGUUGGAUCCAUGAUUGGCCUGACAUUUGCCUAUGUCUGCUACAGGCAGUAUUAUCCUCCGCUGACUGACGCAGAAUGCCAUAAACCAUUUCAGGACAGACUUGUACUUCCCAUUGCACAGAAGCCUGGUGAUCCUUAUCAUUUUAGUAUUUAGAAAUUGGAACUACCUCAGUGGAGAUUAGGUGAAUCACCCUUCGUAACUGCCCAAGAAUUUCUGACCUUUUGUCUCUUAAGAGGUACAAGUGAGGACAUUAGCACUUCAUUCUGCCUCCAUAUGUUUAUGCAGUUUUGCUCACAUGGAUUUAUCAUGGAGUCAAAGUUCAAGGUUCUUUUUCACUGCUCUGUGCCACACAUUUGGUAAAAAGAUCAUACAGUAGUCUACCAGCUGGUAUCCCAAUAUCUACAGCAUUUUACAUUUCAUUUAAAUGCCAUUCUGGGAAGGAUCUUUCACAAAGAAGCCUUUGCAAGGGGUGCCUGGGUGGCUCAGUCAGUUGAGCGUCCGACUCGAUUUUGGCUCAGGUCAUGAUUUCAGGGUUGUGGGAUUGAGCCCCAUUUCGGGCUCUGUGCUGAGCAUGGAGUCUGCUUAAGAUUCUCUCCCUCCGCCCCUCUCCCCUGCUCACUCAGGCUCUAAAAUAAGAAAAAAAGAUUUUACAAAGAAGCCUCUACAUAUCCUAGAAGCUAGAGAUGAAUUUCCAUUUUCUAUAGCUCAAAAUCUUAAAAUCCAGGGCAUGACCAACUGAAAUUUUGGUUCUGUUUACUUUCUGUGGUGACAAUUCCAUCAAACCUUAUAUAGGAAAAUGUCCAAUUCUGGCUGUUUUACCUUCCUACAUAUGUAUCUUACCUGAGUCUAGUCAAAUAUUGCUGUCCAUUUUAAAUACUGUGGACAUAAAUUAUUUAUUGAAUUACUAAGUAAACAGUUUUAAAAAAUGGUAAGGACAAAUGAGGUGGAAACCACCCUCAGUUGCUAGUACUGAAAUAUACUCCUAAACUGUGCUCACUAGUUUCCUUCUCUCCAUGCAUGAUUGAAGACCUGCCCAAAUGCAUCAACUCUGCCAACUGGCUAAGGCAGGAAAGAAAAAUUACAGAUGUGGUUAUCUAGCAGAAAAAUGAACUUUCUGUGACCCUUCUUCAAAUGGGAUACAAGGAACAAUUUUACAGGAGAUGCUACAGGACCUACAAGUACCUUUCUCUUUACAAUCGUACUUUAAAUAUAACCUUGGCUUACGUGUUUCUGUAUCUUCAGUGUGUCUUUUUCCUUCAAUAAAUGUGAUAUUCAAAGAA